AGGGAGUAGUGCAGUGGGAACUUGGAAUGACUGCACAUGGUUUGGGGAGGGCUGCUGUGUGGUAGAAGGGGGGAUUAGCGUAGCGGGUUGGUGGGGGGAGGAGAGAAAAUUCCUUUUGCAUCCUUUCCUCUAAGUGUUGCAGAUUGAACUGAAAUGGCAGACAAACCGGACUUCAGGGAGGUUGCUUCCUUUGACAAGAGCAAGUUGAAGAAAACCGACACGGAAGUGAAGAACACCCUUCCCACAAAAGAAACUAUUGAUCAGGAAAAGAAGGCAGAGAGCAGCUAGUUUCUGGAAUCGCACUCUGUCCAUGGUGGAGGGAACCUUUCGGGCUCUUUUUCUUAAAGAAAUAAAUCCCUGUUUCUUACUGUGAACUGAACUACUGAAGGGCCAGAGCAUUGGCUAAGUGGCUGCUGAUUCUGAGUCCUUUUGGACCAUGGCUGUGAGUUCUCCAGUGUUGUGAAGGAAAUGAAUAAAAAUUCAAUUUGUGCAUAA